AUGUUAAUAACAUAUUUGUCGCAUAUCAUGUUGGCACCUACAAUAUUUAUAACUCAUCAAGUUAAUUCGCGUUGCUAUUCAUGUGCUGGAACAUGUUAUAGUGAACCGUGUAACUGUCAGAUGGGUUCUUGCGAGUCAGAUUAUUGUUUCAUUGAACGUAGGCCAACCGAUGAGAGAGAUUACUAUCGGAUCACCAAAGGAUGUAUCAAAAGGCCACCUCGUACCCAUAUGGGUUGCGACUAUGAUCGUUUUCAAAAUCACAUUUUAUGCAUUUGUAGAGGUGAAUUUUGCAACGAUAUGAUUUAUAUAAGGCCGAUGCAUCGGCAAACUAUUACAUGUCGAAAUUGUUCAGAUCGAGAGCCGGACUGUGGUGAAAUAUGCCGGGGACAGUGGUGUCAUGAGGAUUCUACAACAGGAGCUGCCGGAUGCGGCUAUGGACCUCCCUCACUGCCAUACUUCUAUAAGGGACCGGAAUUGUUGUACUACCGUACACGGAUGUGUGUUACCGUUAGCAGAGGUUCCAGUUCUCCAAGAAAGCAUUGCAUAUGCAACACAAAUAAUUGCAAUGUUGCAUAUAAACGUUCAACGCCAUGGAAUCAUCUGGAAGGAGCUAGUCGAAUACGAUCUCUCUUUGUAAAUCCAAAAGAAAGUAACUUCCCGUCAGAGUUGCAUAGAUGUGUUAAUUGUGAAUUAAGCACGCAAGAUAUUAGAAUGACUGCAUCAUGCAAGCAAAAUCAAUGUAUGGGACAUUACUGUACUUUUGCAACACAAAGAUUAUUUCUCGGCACCAAACAAUAUCGACAGCAAAAAUCGAUCUUAAAUGAACGUCAAGGAUGCAUUAAUGUUACCGAUAAUCACCAUAUUCAACUUGGUUGUUCGCAUAAAUGGAUGAGUAAUGAAGGAGAAGAGUUAUACUGUGCAUGUAUUGGUGAUCGUUGCAAUCGUGAUUUGGCAACAGCAAGUCUCAACAAAGCUAUUCGAAUAACCAUAAUAAUUAACGAACUCAUUACUGUGAUAUUUAUUCAUUUAAUUAUCUGCCCCAAUUUAUUAUCUUAA